GGCGCUCGAUUUGGGCUCUGACUAGCUAAAGAACCAGAUGUUCUUUCUACGGCAGCAUGGUGGAGGAAGAAGCUGUUUGUUCUUUUUGUGUUGUUGAUCUUUCCUCGUCUUCUUCCCUGGAGGAAAAAUGGCAAAGGUCGUCAUCAAACUUUGGAAGUUGCCACUGAAUAUCUUUUUGGAGCCCAGAACAGGGAAAAGGCGAAAGCAACAGCCAACAGCCGAUCAGGCACUGAAGAUUCGCGUUUGCUCGGGGCACUUCUGGAGGAAGUGGCAGCCUGUGGCUGAUUGCGGAGCAAGUGGAUGGAGGUCGGAGCUCAGGAUAAUGGCGCCGGGGAGAGGGGCCUGGCCGGGCUGCGGCUACGCCCCGUUUACUUUUGGAGCGUUGGGUGAUGUGUACGUCUGCGAGAACGAGAGGAAGGAAGGAAGCGUCGGUGUUUGCCUUGGCCCUACGGCGUAUGACUCUGUGAAGAUGACCUAUGCAUCUAUGGGCUGUGGAUCCAUGGAUGGUGACAAAAGAAAAUAUGGGAGAUAACGUGGGACAGGGAGGUCAGAUGGGCAAGUCAGGUCGCCAUGAGAGGUCCAUGGAAUUUUUUCUGCGAUGAGCCGAUGAUCCUGAUGGAUCCAUCUAUGUUCGAGACUAAACAUGGUCUGCAGAAGUGCAACAAUACAAGGUUUAUUUGGAGAACGAUGAAAGCUGAGAUAUAUCUUUUUUUUUCCGGUGUAAGUGUCAUGCAAAACACAUGUUCUAGACGUCUAGACGAGUCGCAGAAAAGGAAAAGGCACAUGUACAUAAGACCGGUCUAAUUCUUGCUGCUGCCGUUAUUCUCACAUACUGCAUUUACGAAGCACAAUUGAUUCUUUU